CACAUUGGUGACAGACCGGGUCUGGUGGCCAAGGUGUCGGGGCGAAGAGUGGAAAAUAAGGCAGCGGGUCACGUCACGCGAGAUGGCAGUCUGUGGGAAAUGGAGCGAAUCGGAGAGUUAGCUCCGGAUUCGCUCCAAUUCUCAUGUUGCUUGGGUGAGCCAGACUAG